CACUCCACUGCUCCCUAUCCCUUCUCCUUCUCCUUCUCCUUCUCCAAAAGGUUUCCACUUUACUAUCUCUGCAGAAUCUCCUUUCUCCCCCUACGCAUUGCCUCCUUUUCCGAUAGAUAAACCCUGUUCUGUGACUGUGGUAGGAGAUGAGGGGUCCUUUAGGGGCAGUCAUAGGGAGGUACCCAUCAAGUGAUGGGAGUACCCAACUGGGAGGAAUCAUAAGGCACAACAGGAAAUGCAGAGAUGUUGCAUUUCUUGUUAUCUUUAUAGCAUUUUGGGUUGCUAUGAUUGUCAACUCUAGCUUUGGGUUCAACCAAGGAAACCCAAAAAGGCUUAUAUAUGGGCUGGACUACAAAGGAAAUGUGUGUGGUGACAAGAAUGCAAACCCUGGGCUGCGUCAAUUGGAACUUAGAUAUUGGUUGAAUCCAAACCAAGUUUAUCAAAGUGGCUUGAAGGACAGCCAAUUCAAAUUGGCCAAUGCUCGGAGUAUAUGCUUGUUAGAUUGCCCUAUCCCAUCAGAAGAUUCACUAAAUUGGGUCUGUGAUUAUCCAGAGGGGGAUAUCCGCCUUAGUAUGGAUGACUGGAUUGAUAGGAAUUAUGAUUAUUUUGAAUUCCUUACACCAGAAAUGCGAAACACUUCUCUUCAACUUCAGGGUCCAUGUUACCCGGUUAUCUUCCCAACUGUAAAUGUUUACUGGAGUUGCCAAUAUAUUGCACGUGCAUCAAACAUAUCUUUACGGCACUGGCAGCAGAUGGGUGGUGUGAAUAUCAAUGUGGAUAUUGUAAUUGAUAAAUCAAUUCAUAAAUCCAUCAAUUCACGGUCAUCUGUCUUAAAGCGAUACAUGGCUGAUAUUGGGAAGGCAUGGGGUGUAUUGAUAGUUUGUGGAGGGCUGUUGCCACUGUUUCUGUCAGUAAUUUGGCUGUUAAUGGUUCGACAUUUUGUUGCUGUGAUGCCUUGGAUAACAGUCCUGCUCUUUAACAUUCUCAUAAUAUCAGUUACAAUGUUUUACUACUUAAAAGCUGGAUGGAUUGGGAAUGGUGCUGUUUCACCUAUCAUUGGCGAGCAUGAUCCAUACAUACGGGUUUUUGGACGGGAACUGAAUCACCUCCAUGUUGCUGCUAUAAUUAUGUCAUUUUUUAUGGUUGUUUCCAUCCUUACAUCAAUUGCAAUUGUCCGCCGCAUCCUUAUGGCAACAUCUGUCCUCAAGGUGGCAGCAAAGGUCAUAGGAGAAGUUCAAGCAUUAAUAAUUUUUCCAAUCAUACCAUAUGCAAUUCUUGCAAUAUUUUACAUGUUUUGGAUAUCAGCUGCCCUCCAUCUGUUCAGUUCUGGUCAGGUUGUUCAAAACAACUGCAACACGAACUGCUGUGCCUAUGAUCUUGUUGCAAAACGGCUAAAUUGUGAUCGGUGCUGUGGCUAUGGCAUUCGUUACACCCCUCAUAUUGCUGUUGCCAUCCUUUUCCACUUGUUUGGAUGUUACUGGGCAACACAAUUUUUUAUUGCAUGCUCUUCAACUGUGAUUGCGGGUUCUGUUGCUUCCUAUUACUGGGCUCGUGGUGAAACUUCACCUGAGAUUCCAUUUCUUCCAGUUUUCUCCUCAAUGAAGCGGCUUAUAAGAUACAGCCUUGGUUCUGUGGCUCUAGGCUCCCUAAUCGUGUCCUUUGUGGAAUCAAUUCGUUUCAUUCUUGAGUCAAUUCGUCGUAAGCUGAAAGUUGCUGGUGCUACACCACAUAGUUGGUUUGGAAAAACAGCAUUUCAUACUUCACAGGCAUGUUUGAGAUGUGUUGAGUGGACCAUCAGAUCUGUAAACCGCAAUGCCUAUAUAAUGAUUGCCAUAACUGGGAAAAGCUUCUGUAAAUCUUCUGCAAUUGCUACGGAAUUGAUAAUAAACAACAUCCUUCGAAUUGGGAGAGUGAAUGUGAUAGGAGAUGUUAUUCUGACUCUUGGAAAAUUGUGUGUAAGCCUUUCAAGUGCCGUCUUUGCUUUCCUCAUGUUGGAUGCCCACCGUUAUAGGUCUUCUCAUAACAGGGUCUCAUCACCGCUGUUUCCUGUGCUGGUUUGCUGGGGUCUUGGUUACAUAGUUGCAACUCUCUUCUUUGCAGUGGUGGAGAUGUCAAUCGAUACCAUUAUUCUUUCCUUCUGCCAGGACUCAGAGGAGCACCAAGGAACUGCUCAAUAUGCUCCUCCCCUUCUGAUGGAAACCCUGAAUGACCAAGAUGAGAUGCAGAGACUUACUCAUUGACCCUAUGGGCCUACUCUAUAUCCCUUGAAUGUCUAGUUUUGUUUUACUAAAUAGGCAAACAUGGACUGAAUCUUUCUAGUAGUGCUCUUGCAUUUAUAGCAAUGUUUUCCCGAGCUUCAGCUGGCUUGAGAUAUUAAAAACCUUUCUGUAUAUAUCCUAUAAUAUCCAUUUCUGAACAGUUUGUUUUAUCUGUUGCUGAUUGUGCAAGGUAAAAGUUGAAUGACCAGGUCAACAAGUGCUGCUCAUAGCCAGCAAUAAGAGAAUGCGUCAACAGCAAGAGUUUGGCCGAGUUGUGUGCAAAACCAUACCAUUUUAGGGGAUCGAAGUUAUGGUAGAAACUUUUACACCGGAUAAGCACACUAACUUUUCAAGUACCAGAAAAUAAGAGAGCAUGUCAUAUUUCAUGCAUUGGAUCCUUCUAAUACAGGUCACAUUUUAAGGCAGGAUUUACCAGAUUAAUAAUAGUCUUGUUUACCCAUAUUUUUCCACAAUAAGUAGCAGUUAGUUAAAACCCUUCUACUCAAGUUAUUCCAAUUGGCAACAAGUGAAAAAAAGACGAAGUUUCAAAGAUGCAGUUAUGGAAGGACAGUUAUAGACCUGUUUUGUGUAGUUGAAAGUGUUCUGGUGAAAAAAAAAAAUGUUUCUUUGUCUUCUCAAUCUUUUCUUGAAUUUAUUUCUGCCAUAUGUAACGUCCCUUAUAGCCAAACGCCUGAAAAUGAUUUCACCUUUCUCGCCAAGGAAAUCUAAUGUUUGCUGGGUUCUUGUUUUUUGGCAAAACUUAGUCUUUUCGGGUUGAUCACAUCCACUUGAAUUUUCAUUGUCCCACCAUUGUCUUCCUCAGUCCAUUGGAUGGAUUCCUUCUCCAGUUGUUUGAUGAUCUGCAAAAGAAAUUCAGAUUUCGUGU